AUGAUGAUGAUGUGCGCGUACGGGCACUUGACGGGACCGGCAUGGUGUCCGAGGGUUGCAGGGAGCAGGCAGAGGGACACUUGCUGGCUCCACGGCACGGUGCCAAGACCAAGUCGAUCUGCGAGACAGGAUGCAUAUCGCGUGCAGCAGGCUCCAGCGAGGCCAUGUAGCCGUCUGGACUGGAGCGUCCACGGCAGCAACGGCGAAAGCAGGCACACGCAGCAGCGUGAUGAAAUUGUAAUCAACACGGGCACGACGCGAGGCAACGUUGCCCUUGGCAUUGAACAAAAGCAACCGGCACUGCCUCCUCUCCAGCGCCCGUCGCUCGUCCACUCCGCCCGUCCGCUCCGUCACCACCCUCUUCCACCCUUUGCGAAGCUCGCUGCCGCCUCUCUGGAGCCUCAUCGUCGCACUCACCAAAUCUGGGUCGACGUUAGGCAUCUGUCCGCUCAUUUCUCUUGUCAUUCCUUAAUCCUGGGUGUACUGGCUUCACCUAUCACCAGCCCUCUGCUAGCUCCCGUAUACUGUACGCACUCGUCACCCGCCAGCCACGGUCCUGCAAUUACCGUGCUGACUGCCGUCUCUCGCCAGUACCUCGAAGCAGCAUCAGCAGCAACAUACUAA